GGUUAACUGCUCGUUUUAUUUCAAAAUCGGAGCGUGCCGCCAUGGCGAACAGUGCUCCCGCCUUCACAAUAAACCGACUUUCAGUCAAGUACGCCUUUCAUACCCUAACUAUACUUCUUCUAAAUCUUUAUAUUGCUCCGCACAACGCGACACAAACGACUCCAAUCGGAAACAUGACCGAAGUUCAAGCACAGCAAUUUUUUGACGAGUUUUUCGAAGAAGUUUUCGUGGAAUGUGAAGAAAAAGUUGGUUCUAAGCGUUGUGAUAUUGUUAACCUAUUUAAGUAUGGCGAAAUCGAAGAGAUGAACGUCUGUGAUAACCUUGGAGAUCAUCUUGUUGGCAAUGUCUAUAUUAAGUUUCGCCGUGAGGCCGAUGCAGAGAAGGCGGUGACGAUGCUCAACAGUAGAUGGUUUGGUGGCCGACCUGUCCACGCAGAAUUGUCGCCAGUUUCCGAUUUCCGGGAGGCGUGUUGCCGGCAGUACGAAUUAGGAGAAUGUACCAGAGGUGGCUUUUGCAACUUCAUGCACCUUAAGCCCAUCUCUCGCGAGCUAUGUCGAACUCUCUUUAAUCGAGGCAAACGGCGUUUUGGCGGUGGUCGUCGUCCAUCAAAGCCUGCCGUCAAGUCGCGCCGAAAGUCAAAAUCACCGGGAAAACGAAGUUCGCGUCGUUAA